AUGCCCGUGGAUAUUAUUGCCUACCAAAACGCCCAGGCAGCUGCAGAGGAGGAGCCUCAGGAGUGGGACGCUCAGGUGUUGACAGGAUGGUGGGCAAGGAUCCAGAGCACCCCGAUCCUCCUGCGAGCGCACCACCACAAGAAGCCUGUGCCAGGUCUGUUCAACCUCUAUGGCAUGGCCCAUAUGGCCCCGUACAAGAAGGCCAAGCCAUUCACGGAGUCUGACCUAGAUGAUCCAGAGAACUUCACCAACAAGACCUCCCACCACAAGCUUAUCAAGAAGCGCCUGAGUAGCUCUGAUCCUGAGAUUACGCCUCGUGCACGGCCCGUGGAGAUCGCGAUGGCGACUAUUGUUGAGAAAGAGAGAUUGAAGACAAAGGUGCUUGUGGAGGAGGCAAAAAGGGAGGCACAAAGGGAGGCGGAGGAGAAGCAGAGGGAGAUGGAGGAGAAGACGGUUAAGCUGUUGGAGGAGGAGAGGAACCGGAACGACAGCACUAACCAGGCCCUAUACGAGCUCAUCGUGUUCGCUGUUCCCCAUGGCCGCGCCCGCCCCGCGCUCGUCCUCGCGUCGUUGCGCCCUCGUGCGCCCCGCGCCACGCCAGUCAUUCCCGCGGCCUUGACCCACUGCUGCCGCCCGCCUCCCGCACUACCCACGCGUGCGUUGCCAUUGCUCGCUCGCUGCCUUCUGCUCGAGCCCGGCCACCCCCCUGCUUCUGCUGCUGCUGCGACCGCGCCGCCCCGCACGCCUCCUUCCUCUCCCGCUUCGUCUGCAGCCACGCCUGCGGCCCGCCUCCGCCCGUCCGCAUCCGCUUGCGGCUGCUGCGACCCUGUCCGCCGCUCGCCGGAGCCUUCCAGUACCCACGCGCCCCUGCUCACCGACGCCACUGCCCGCACUAGCGCUCGCCUUGCCUUCCCGUGUGCACUGCUGCCUACUGACCCCGCGACCACCCCGACUCAAGAUGCACCUGCCAUCCUCUGCUCCCCGCCCCCGCGCACAUACCCCUCGCUGCUGCUAGCCGUGCACGCCUGCGGUCGCCGUUCCCCGCGCCCGCCUCCGGCUGCAGCUCCCCUGCCGCUGCUCGCUGCCGCCACCGCCUGCUACUCGCGGCCCCGCCACGCCCACCUGUUGUCCCCGCCCGCUACUUCCGGCCGCCCCUCCGCCGCACCCCUGCUGCUCGUCUACUGCCGUCGCGCCGGUCGUCGCUGCCGGCCGCGCCGUGGCCGGCCCCUGCCUGCUUGUGCGUGA